AUGGGGACAACUGAAGCCACACUCCGGAUGGAAAACGUGGAGGUGAAGGACGAGUGGCAGGAUGAAGAUCUUCCCAGGCCGCUCCGGGAAGAGACGGGGAUGGACGCCUUCGGCGGCCCAGCAGAAGACACAUCCUCCCCUCCCAACACGCUGAACUUCAGCGGAGCCCACCGCAAGCGGAAGACCCUGGUCGCCCCGGAGAUCAACAUCUCCCUGGACCAGAGCGAGGGCUCGCUGCUGUCGGACGACUUCCUGGACACCCCCGACGACCUGGACAUCAACGUGGACGACAUCGAGACCCCCGACGAGACGGACUCGCUGGAGUUCCUGGGGAACGGCAACGAGCUGGAGUGGGAAGAUGACACCCCCGUGGCCGCUGCCAAGAACAUGCCCGGGGCCAGCGCCGACCUGUUUGGGGACGGCUCGGCGGAGGAUGGCAGCGCCGCCAACGGGCGCCUGUGGCGGACGGUGAUCAUCGGAGAGCAGGAGCAUCGAAUCGACCUGCACAUGAUCCGGCCCUACAUGAGGGUGGUGACCCACGGAGGGUACUACGGCGAAGGUCUCAGCGCCAUCAUCGUCUUUGCUGCCUGCUUCCUCCCAGACAGCAGCUCUCCCGACUACCACUACCUCAUGGAGCACCUCUUCCUGUACGUCAUCAGCAGCCUGGAGCUCCUGGUGGCGGAGGACUACAUGAUCGUGUACCUGAACGGCGCCACCCCCCGGCGGAGGAUGCCCGGCAUCAGCUGGCUGAAGAAGUGCUACCAGAUGAUCGACAGAAGGUUACGGAAAAACCUGAAGUCCUUGAUCAUCGUCCACCCGUCCUGGUUCAUCCGCACCGUGCUGGCCAUCUCCCGCCCCUUCAUCAGCGUCAAGUUCAUCAACAAGAUCCAGUAUGUGCACAGCUUGGAAGAGCUGGAGCAGCUCAUCCCCAUGGAACAUGUGCAGAUCCCGGACUGCGUGCUACAGUAUGAAGAGGAAAGGCUCAAGGCCAGGAGAGAAAGCGCGAGGCCGCAGCCGGAGCUGGUGCUGCCGGGGCCGGAAGAGAGGCCGGAGGCGGCGCCCGCGGAGCACAGGUCCGCUCCGGCCACAGGAGAUCAGGAAACAAGCAUGUCCUGA